AAUUCGUGUUAUUUUCAAAUAUGAAUUCCGUCGUGGAACCAAUACAGCGCAGACAGCUGGAAAUAUCAACGACAUAUUUGACGAGGAUGUGGCUAAUAAACGCACGGUACGUCGAUGGUUUGAGAAGUUCCGCUCUGGCGAUUUUAAUCUUGAAAAUGAGCCACGACGACCUGAGACCAAGGUGGAUAAUGAUGAGUUGUAAGCUUUAGUUGAAGCGGAUACAUCUCAAACCACGCGCAAUUAGUAGCAAGGUUUGACGUUACUAUUCCAACAAUAUUGAACUAUUUGAGACAAAUCGGCAAGGUAAAGAAAAUGGAUAGAUGGGUUUUGCAUGAAUUAAACGAGCGUCAGAAGAGAAAUCGUCUCGAAGCUUGCCUUUCUUUACUGUCACGGCGUAAGAGCGAAUUACUUCUACAUCGUAUUGUUACGUGUGAUGAAGAAUGAAUUUUUCUCGAUAAUCGCAAGCGUUCGGCACAAUGGUUGGAUCAAGAUGAAAUGCCGAAGCACAGUCCGAAAUCGAAUAUUUGCCAAAAAAGACGAAAUUAUGAGGAAGCUUACGAUCAAGCCGAAAUUGGUCGAUAAAGACAAGCCAAUUCUCUUACAAGACAACGUUCAAACACAUGUCACAACAACGCUGCUCAAACUGCAGGAGAUGGAUUUGGAAAUUCUCUGUCACGCACCGUAUUCACCAGAUUUUGCACCAAUUGAUUACCAUUUGACUACCAUGACUUCCAGUCAUUGGACCACUUCUUGCAAGGAAAAAUACUCAAUUCUCAACAAGCUGUGGAAAACGCCUUUCGCGAUUUCAUUGCCACUCGCUCUUCAGACUUCUUCUGUAUAAACAAGCUACCGUUAAGAUGACAAAACUGUCAAUAAUUUAGGCGCAUAUUUUGAUUAAUUGCACUGCUUCUUGUUUGAAAUAUAAUGAAUGAAAUUUUUUAUUCGAAAUCGGACAUUUCAUAUAUGACUUAAUAUUUGCAUGGAAAUAGUUUUCUUAGAACUUAUAUAUUUUGGUAGAGAAGUGUUGCUAAUUUGUAUGUACAUAAAUUUUUAUUUUACAUUUUGAACAGGAUUUGAGAGUCCAAAAACAAGAUGAUAUAUCGAUUUCGGUGCCUUUCUCUUAUAUCAAUUGUAAUCCUUUUAAAUCUUUGUGUAUGAAAAUGUGUGUUUUCAAAGGACAUUAAA